CAUCUUCUUCUCUUUUCCUUCUAUUGUAUUAAUCUUGUGGAUAACAUGGUCAAGGUUGUUUUUAUUCAUCCAGAUCUCGGCAUAGGAGGAGCAGAGAGGUUCGUAGUUGAUGCUGCUCUAGCUUUAAAGUCCCAUGGUCAUGAUGUUCAGUUUAUUACGUCACAUCAUGAUCCAAGCCACUGUUUUCAAGAGACCAAAGAUGGCAGCCUGAGAGUAACAGCAGUAGGGGACUGGUUACCUAGACACAUCUGUGGACGUCUGUACGCGUUCUGGGCGUAUGUAAGAAUGAUUUAUGCGGCUGUUUACUUGGUUUGGUUUUCUGGUUUAAAACCAGACGUGGUUCUGUGUGAUCAGGUGUCAGCAUGCAUUCCUGUUCUGAAGUGGAGCAAAGCCAAAGUACUGUUUUAUUGUCACUUCCCUGACCUUCUGCUCACCCAAAGGAAGAGUUUCCUUAAAAAGAUGUAUCGAGCACCGCUUGAUUGGCUAGAAGAGGUUACCACAGGAAUGGCUGAUGUAAUACUAGUAAACAGCAAAUUUACUGCAAGAACAUUCAGUAAUACAUUCAAGACGUUACAAGGCAUUGAACCAGCAGUUCUUUAUCCAUCAAUUAACUUCAAGUCAUUCCAUGUUCCAUUCAGUGAUGAAGACAUCAAAGACCUGAUCCCACCAACAGCAACAACUGUAUUUUUAUCUAUCAAUCGCUAUGAGAGAAAGAAGAACCUCCCCUUAGCACUGGAAGCAAUGGAUUGGUUAAAGAAUAAGCUGAAUGAGAAGGAAUGGAAGCAUACUCAUCUUAUUAUUGCAGGUGGCUAUGAUGAGAGAGUUGUAGAAAACAAGCAGCAUUAUUUAGAACUACAAGCUCUUGCCACACGUUACAAUCUUACAGACCAUGUGACCUUCAUCAGAUCGUUCUCUGACAGCCAAAAACUUGCCCUUCUUAAAUGUAGUAGUUGUUUGAUCUACACACCAAGUAAUGAACACUUUGGGCUUGUUCCUAUUGAAGCAAUGUAUGCUGAAAGACCUGUUAUUGCUGUUAACAGUGGAGGACCUUUGGAGACCAUCAGUAAUAAUGAAACUGGAUUCCUGUGCAACCCAGAUGCCGAGUCAUUUGCAAAUGCUAUGGAAAAGUUUGUAAAAGAUAAAAGUCUUUCUGAGAAACUUGGUAAUGCAGGUCGACCACAUGUUAUGAGCAAGUUCUCUUUUGAUGUGUUUGCCCAACAGCUUCAUACUCUAGUGUCAGACAGCAGUAGACCCACCCGACUAUGGUCAGUUCUAGUGAAGUUUUUACUUGUGGUAUUUGUAUUCUCUGUUGUUGCUGCUCUAUAUGUUUUUCCUAGAAAGUAAUGAUCUGUAAUGUAUAUCAACUUCACUAAAGACUAGGUUCAUUGGAGUAUUAGAUAUUAGUAUUAGAUAUUAUAAAAGAAAGUAAAUACUAGAAAGUAAUGAUCUGUAAUCUAUAUCAACUUCACUAAAGACUUGGUUUAUUGGAGUAUUAGAUAUAAUUAUUAGAUAUUUUUAAAGAGGGUAAAUAGAGUGCAAAUAAUAUACCUGUGAAAUAGUUAGGAUAGUUAGCGCUUAAUUAGACAAGACAUGGGAAUUCAGUGAGGCAUGACAAGGGCACGGGCGUUUUUUAGAGUUAACAACUCAAUACGCAAAUGAAUAGACACGAAAAUGCGAACACUGAAAAUUAUACAAAGGAAAAACAUGUACAAUAAAAUAUUGUUUCAGCUUUUGUAAGUGUGUUUAAAAAUAUUUAAUAAUGUGUGCCCUUGAGUAGCAUGCAUGUACUAGUUUACCCGUCACGGCUCGCCUAUUUCUUUAACUUAUUAGACUUUAGGCAACCAAUAUCACAAAGUUAGUAAUUAGUUAGCUAGCUAUCUAUUUCACCGGUAGAUUAUUUGCACUCUACUAGAAAGUAAGGAUCUGUAAUGUAUAUCAGCUGCACUAAAGACUAGUUUUAGUGGAGUAUUAGAUAUUAUUUUAAAAAAUUCAAUCCUUUUCGAAUUUGAUUUUCCACUCUUUUAAUACAAACUAUAUCAUCAAUAUUGAAUGGAUGGCACAAUAUGAUAAUCAUUAUAUUACACCCAUUAUAAUGCAACUAGCAAAGUUAGUGUUUGAUUGGUUGUGAUAGGGCAAUCUGCUAAAAGAUGACAAUCAAUCAAAAAUAUUAUUAGAGUAUUGUGGGUACCCACUUUUAAUUUAAUGUGUAGUUCCAGAAAUUAUCCAUAUCCCCCCACUGAGGAAUUUUUUAAAGACACCGCCCUACCCCAGGAAAUUCCAAUUUUCUUCCAUACAAACUCUGUAAUUUUUGUU